CGGAAGCGGCUAUGUUCACGCCGUGCCGGGUAAAUUCGAAGAGCGCGCGUUGAUCCUUGUGACCAUGAGGAAUGUUUUGCACUUAUUUCUGCGCACACUUCUGCUGCUUGAUAUUCCGUUUAAUAUUUUUAUUAUUAUCACUUUUGUUAUUUACAGUUGCAUAAUAGAUGUAACAUAUAUGUUACAUGUUAUAUCAUUUAUGAUGUAAAACAAUUGUUAAAUGAUAUUAUCUUAUGUUAAACUAUUAUUCUUUCCUAUACAUUAAAAAAAAUCAGAAAGUCUGUUACAUUAUUUCUAAUCUUAAUAAGAUUAAUUACUUGUUAAGAUUCUAUUAAAGUCUGCUUAGAUUAAAUCAUACGAUGUAAUCCUUCAAAAAAUUGACUUUUUCUUUAUUUGGUUUAAGAUCCAUUGCUCUGUCGGUUAUCAUUAUAUGAAACAUAUUUCUGUAAAAAAUGAUUGUUGAUUUUAUUCUCGAUCAUUUUCGAUUUACUUUUGUACAAGAAGUUAUCUCCUUUACGAUUGUGUCAUGAUUUUCGACACACCUUGUAUAAUGUGUUCGAAUUUGAAUUAGCCAGUGAAAUAUCAUAAAAAGCUGUUUACAUAAUACUGUCUUCUUACUAUAAUACAAUGCUAGAUACUCAUUUCUCUUCAGUUUGAGCUAGUUCGCUAAACUAUUACGAUAUAGCAUUUAAUUCGAGUUACAUGAAGAACGUAAUGUGUGCGGAAUAGAGAAAGAGAAGAAAGAUGAGCAAAUAUCUUGUUGUACUGUUGUUAAGUAGCAGUUUAACAUUCAUCGUAGGACUUUCUUCAAAAUCGCAACUUGAAUCAGAAUCGGGACACGCGCCGUACAACAGAUUUACUUACCAUUUACCAAAUGACGUAGUGCCACUUUUCUACGAAAUCGAUUUAAUUGUAAGCUUGCAUAAUGAGAACCUUAUUGUCCGUGGCGACUCCACUAUUAAAAUUGAAGUUUAUAAUGAAACAAAAGUUAUAUCUCUGCAUUAUGUUGGAUAUAUAAGAAAUGUAAUGAUAAUCAGUGAAAUUGGUACUCCGGUCUCCGUACCGUCUAAAUCUUAUAUUAAAGAAACGGAAACAGUUGAUCUCCAUUUUGAAAAUGUGAUUUCGCCUGGGCGGUACAAGCUGGUUAUACAAUACAUUAGUAAAUCGCUGAAAAGCCUCUUUAAAAUUCCAUAUUUCACAAACACAACAGAAUCAUGGUUCAUUUAUACAGUCUUUCAACCAUAUGGAGCCCGAUAUGUAUUUCCGUGUUGGGACGAACCGGCAAUAGAAGCCGCUUUUGCUGUAAAAGCAAGAUAUCAAACAGAUGACACGACUGAUCCUGAAGCAGAAGAUUGGGAUGAAUCAAAGCAUCAAUUAUCUUCUUUCCAUUCCUUAGAAACUUCCAAACUACACAUUUAUCACGUGGAAAUAACACUAUAUCCGUCAGAGAUAUGCUUAGACUUGCGCUACGUGCCAAAAAUAAAGAGCGUUAUAUGGUGUAGAGAACACAUGAAUCCACUGUUUCAGGUUGCUUACAACACUACUAGAUCUGUAAUGAAGUCUUUAUCUGAGUACACGAUGUCCCAAAAACAAUUAAAUUUGGAUUAUAAGGUAAUCCCGGGCAUCCGAAAAGACAGCAUUGGAAACUGGAAAAUCCUCAUUUAUAGGGAAGGUGCUAUUAGCUACGAUAAAGACUUAGAUCCCAUAGCGCAACAAAUGGAGAUAACGCGCUUAAUAACACGUACAAUAGCGAACUUAUGGUUUCACAGCAUGGUCAGUCCAUUUAGAUGGAAACAUUUUUGGUUAAAUGAGGCACUCGCUGCUUUCUUCCAAACCAAGGUUCUAAAAGAUGAUAUGUUAGAAUUAUUCCUAGUUCAAACUCUACAUGAGUCUCUUUAUUUGGAUACCAAUGAUGGAGAGAUAAAUGAUAACUUUGAAAUGAUACCUUUAGAAAACUACAUGUCGCUUGAAGAUACAUUACGUUUUUCUUUUACUAUUUCUCUCAAAGCACCUGCUAUAUUCUACAUGUUGGAGCAUAUGAUUAAUCCUCACGUGUUUCGCGAAGGUCUUGCGUCAUAUUUUGUGAUACAUAUGUCUACACAUGCCACAUCCGACAACUUAUGGGAUGCAAUGCAACUUGUGCUAAACGGUGAACACAUCCAGCUACAUCCUCAUUUCAAAUUAAAACAUGUGAUGCGUACCUGGAUAAGGCAAAAACAUUAUCCCAUCGUAAACGUAAAACGAAAUCAUGAUCAUGAGAUUGUUAUAUCGAGAGAACCUGAUAGACUAGAUAGUACAACCUUCACCUUUCAGAAAUGGUGGAUACCUAUCACUUUUACCAUACUAAAAGAUUAUAAUUUUAAUAAUACUAAACCUCUUGCUUGGCUACAUCCAAGACGAUCAAGUAUAACAUUAAAUCCAAUUCGGAAAAGCGAUUGGAUUGUAGUUAAUAUACAACAAACAGGUUAUUAUCGCGUCAAAUAUGAAAGAUGGAAUUGGAAUUUAAUUGCAAAUUAUCUAAAUUCUGAAAAAUACAUAUUCAUACAUGUCCUCAAUCGUGCUAAACUCAUUGAUGACGCAUACUACUUUAUGAUGACGCAUCAGCUUGAUUAUCAUAUUUUCAUAAAACUCACGAGUUAUUUAUCACAGGAGACAGAUUAUACAGCAUGGUACCCAAUGUUCAAGAUUUUUGAAUAUUUGUCGAAAUUCUUACCAUUUUCAGAAAAUCAUCGUUUCAAGACACACAUGAGAACAAUCUUGGACAGUCUCUUUUUAAAGAUUAAACUUCUUGAACAUCCUUACGGUAGCAAUUCUAUUAACAUUUUAAGACACGAGGCUUCAAAAUGGGCAUGUGUGUUAGAUAACGCAUACUGUAAAAGAGCAGCACAUAUUAAAUUGCAAUUGCAUCUCGAGAAUCCCGAAAAGCAUAAACUUUCGCCGAGUUUGAAAGAAUGGACAUACUGCAACGGUUUACCUGUAGAAGAUUCAGUAACACAAAUGAAAAUGUGGACACAUUUGAUACAGACAACAAAUUCACAUAGAAUCAUAUAUAAAUAUCUUACUUGCAAUACAAAAUUCGAUAAUAUUCAUAUGUUUUUAAAAUUCAUAUUGAACGAUUAUACAAUGAAAUAUAAUGAACGUAUUAAUGCUUUUUAUUCAGCUAUAGCAAGAUAUGCACACGACUACAUGCGCAUUAUAUUAAAAGAUUUUGAGCGCUACAACAUUCAUAAGACUGAGAAGGACAAGGCUAAAACUUUAAAUAUCAUUAUUAAUCACGUGUAUGCAGGGCGUAAACUUCGUAAGAUAGCAAUGUAUGUAGUAACGAAAUUUCAUGUAGAUAAUAUAAAACGAGAUAUUUUUCAUAUACUAGAAGUACGCAAAAACAUUAUUAAUAAACAUGUAAAAACAAUUUCACAACUGUUCCAUAUUAAACCGACAUUUUCGGAUAAAAUCGACAUGCAGGUAUCCAAAUACGAAAGUCCAAAAACGAUGUCCAACGAUGUAACACCAUUACACUAUGACAUCGAAGUGAAGAUACUGAAUCAUUCUUCUGAAGAUACUAUUACUAUCAUAGGCAACUAUACAAUUAAGAUUAUGAUUCACCGUGAAACAGAAAAGAUAAUAAUGCACUUGUCGAAUUAUAAGGUUACAAUAACGACACAUGGGAUAUCGUUAAUUUGUGAGACUAAUAAAUCAAUCGAAUAUGUUUUUUCAUACGCUCUUCUUUACAAUGGUUUCUUAGUUGUACAAUUUACAACUGUAUUAUCUCCUGGAAAUUAUACUUUGCACAUUACAAAACUUAGAAAGGUUGUAAGCGAAACCGAAGGAAGUUUCUUCAAAAGAUUGUACCACGAUAAACACGGACACAUGGUAUGGUUGAGUGCAACACGUUUCAAGCCGAUCGGUGCUUCACAUAUAUUUCCAUGUUGGAACGACCCAGCAUUUAGGACUACGUUCACCAUUUCUUUCCAUCACCAUCGAACGUAUACGGUUUUAUCGAAUAUGCGUAGACAAAGAAUUGUGGAGUCACAUAAAGAUUCACAUGAUCAUCACGUAGUCGUAUCACACUUUUUGCCAACUCCUCCAAUUUCUGUCAAUUCUCUCGUGAUGGUUAUAGUGCACAAGUCUGAUUAUCGUCGAAAUAACAUUGAAAGAAAGAAUAUAUGGUGUAAAUCGCAUUUAGUACCAUAUGCAGAAUACAUAAAUGAUGUUGCUAAUAGAGUAAACACAUAUUUCGAAUAUUUAACAGAAACAUAUUCCAAAAAUUGUGAAGCAGCUAUUAUCUAUGAUAAAGAAUUUCAUACUGUUGGGCGUAAAAUACAGUUAAUUCCUUUAAUAGCACGUGCAGUGGCACGUCAGUGGUUCGGUGAUGUGAUCAGUCCAUCUUCGUGGUCUCAUUUAUGGGUGAAUGAUGGUCUAGCAGGAUUCUUCGCAAUUCAAGCCAUCACUGAGUAUAUUCAAACCAUCAAUGAUAAUAAAUUUUACGAUUUUAGUCAGCUUCAGACAGUGACAGCCAACGAUUUAUGGGCAAUUAUAGAUAAAGAUAAUUCUAGUAAACUUCGUGAUCACACUAAUCCUACAUAUAACAUCCCCAACUUAAAAAAACUAAUGCAUACCUGGAUAAAAGAGAUGCAUUAUCCUGUACUAAAAGUGAUACGAAAUUAUCAUAAUAACAUGGUGAUGAUGUUGCAAGAAAACCACAACAUACUAGACAGAAAUCAAUGGUGGAUACCCGUAACUUAUACCACGCAAACAGAACUUGAGUUUACUGAUAUUUUGCCGAAACUAUGGCUACAACCAGGUGUUCAAAAUUUAAUCAUUGAGGAAACUGUACAAAAGAAUGAAUGGAUUAUAGCCAAUUUACAACAAGCUGGAUACUAUCGCGUCAAUUACGAUCCCACAAAUUGGCGAUUAAUCAUCGAUUAUCUAAAUCAUGAGGAUUAUUGGAAAAUAGAUGUCCUUAAUCGUGCUCAAAUCAUUGAUAAUGCAUAUCACCUUAUGACGAUACAGCAACUUGAUUAUGACAUAUUCUUAAAUCUCACGAAUUACUUAUCACAAGAGAUGGAUUAUGUAGCAUGGUAUCCUAUGUUGAAAAUUCUUGAAUAUCUAUCGCCUUUCUUACCACUUGAAGAAAGUACACCUUUAAAGGAUCACAUGUUGAAGAUUCUAAACAAGAUUCUUGCGAACAUAAAAUAUGAAGAACUUGAGGAUGAAGACUAUUUUACCAUAUGUUUAAGGCAAGAACUUGCAAAAUGGGCAUGUAUUCUUGAUGAUCCUUAUUAUAAACAAUUAGCUAACACUAGAUUAACACAACAUCUCGAAGAUCCUGUGCAGAACAAAGUUUAUUGCAAAAAUACGUCUGACGAUAUAAUUAAAGUCAUAACUGUUAUCAUCAAUCAUUUAUACUUCGAGUAUCAACUUUUGAAGACGUGUGAAACAAUAAUAGGCAAGAUUCUCUUUGCCCUGUUAUUAAGCAGCAAUGUCAUAUUCAUUGCCGCAGAGGAAAAUCCUUUCGUGAAAUAUUCGGAUUAUGAAGUACUCGAACUUGUUGAAGAUACUUUACCUAGAAAUGCAGAACCACAAGUUUAUAACAUGAAUUUAACGCUAAAUAGAACGCCAGAUGGACUUAGCAUCAAGGGUCAAUCUAUUAUUUCAUUUCGUAUUUAUAUUCCCAUAAACUUCUUACGUUUCCACUAUUUUGGAAAUAUAACAAAGGCAAGUCUGCAACUGUUCGGAAAUAAAGCUGAUUCUGAGCGAAACAUUGUAUCGAACAUUUCUUGUAUCGAUGAAAUUGCACAUACGAUUGAUCUGUCGCUCGAAAAAAUGUUAGAACCUGGGUUCUAUUCUCUUUAUUUAAAAUUUAAAAGUUCUCUGCCAGAAGAAAUAAGCAGAUUUGAAGUUUCAAGCUUCAUAGACGAAGAUCAUGGCACUGACUGGUUCAUGACAACAGCUUUUCCACCGAUUGGAGCCCGAUUUGUUUUCCCAUGUUGGGACGUGUUUGGAAUAGCAACCUUUUUCAAUAUAUGCGUACAGUUUAAUAGAAAUUACACGGUUUACUCAAAUACGGGGAUCUUAAGAAUAGUAGCGAGAAACGAAAACAGUUUGACAUGCUUUCAACCAACUAACGGAAUGUUCGUUCAUCACUUAGCAAUAGCAAUUAUUCCGAAAGACAUAUCCUUCCACAUUAUAUCAGAUGUAGGUGACCUACGGCACAGAAGAGUAGUAAAGCAACAGCUAAAAUACAUGCGUCGAAUUAUUAAAUCUGUAAUACGAAUAUAUUCUUCGUACACAAAUUUGAAUAAUCUCAAGACGGAUUUUAUCAUAAUACCAAAUAUUCCAAAGGAAAGCAUUGAAAAUUGGGGACUCAUAGUUUACCGAGAAGCCGCAGUUAUAUAUGAUAAAGAUAUAGAUCCUAUAACACACAAAAUAGAGAUAAAGCGCUUAAUAGCACGUACAUUCGCAAACGCAUGGCUUAGUUAUGCGAUCAAACCAUCUUGGUGGUCACAAUUAUGGUUACAUGAAGGAUUUUCUACUUACUUCGUAACUAAGAUUAUGUCAAAACAGUUGUUUAUUGUUCAAACUCGACAUGAAUCUCUUCAUAUGGAUAUCGAGUGGAAUAUGAUGGCUUUAGAAAGUACAUCACUUAAAAAUGUAUUUUUUUCUCCCUUUCCUCUUUAUGUCAAAGCACCCGUUAUACUGUACAUGUUGGAAAACAUAGUUACUUAUGACGUAUUUAGAGUCGGUAUCAUAAGAUAUUUAAGUGAAUAUUACUUGCGUGUUGCCACGCCCGAUCACUUGUGGAGUCAAAUGCAAAUUGCACUACAGGAUUCCGAAUAUGAAAAUACUAAUAUUAUAUUAAAGACUGUGAUGGAUUCGUGGACAAAACAACAAAAUUAUCCCAUAGUUACAGUAGAACGAAAUAAUAAUGCUGAAAUUAAUAUCUGUCUGUACUAUGUCAAGUCAAAAAGUUUUUCCCUACAAAGAAGUUGGUGGAUACCUAUCACCUUUACCAUACAAAAUAAAUUUGAUUUUCAUAAUACUGUACCUUAUGCCUGGUUAACACCAGAAAAAUCAUGCAUUCCAUUAGAACCAAUUCGUAAAAACAAUUGGAUUAUAGUCAAUCUACAACAAACUGGAUAUUAUCGUGUCAAAUACGAACAAUGGAAUUGGCAACUACUUGCGAAGUAUCUAAACUCUAAAAAAUAUGAGAAUAUACAUGUUCUUAAUCGUGCUCAAAUAAUCGACGACGCGUAUUAUUUUAUGAUGACAGAGGAACUCGAUUGUGAUAUGUUCUUCUUCAUCACGAAGUAUUUAUCACAAGAGCUGAAUUUCAAAGCAUGGUAUCCUAUGUUAAAAAUUUUUGAAUACAUCUCGCCUUACUUAUCGUUUCCAGAAAGUGCUUCUCUACAGAAUCACAUGUUGGCGAUUAUAAAUAGCGUUCUUGAAAGAAUAACAUACGAAGAAUCUGAUUCCGAUGAUAUAUAUACUAUAUUUUUACGGCAAGAACUUGCAAAGUGGGCAUGUAUUCUUGAUGACUUCGAUUGCAAGAAAAUAGCUAACAUUAAAUUGGUAGAAUAUCUCACAGAUUCCAACUCCAUUAUACCAGGUUGGAAGGAAUGGAUAUACUGCAAUGGAUUAAAAACAGCGAGCAGAAUUACUUGGCUCAAAUUUUUUAAUAUACACGCACAAUCACUGAAAUCAGUUGAUAACGUGUUGCGCAUACUUUCCUGUUCAGGAGGUGUUACAAGCUCCAAUUUUCAGUACAAUAUGCAACUAUCAAACAACCUAACAACGCGAGAAGAAUGUAUCAAUAUUCUAUAUUACGUUGUUGCAACAUAUGAACAAAAUGGUUUAGACACUACUUUAGCAAAUCUUAAAGAUCACAUACUUUACUGCACGUUUACUCCUCACGAUAUGAUAAAAGUUUUAACUGUUAUCAUUAAUCGUUCGUACCUCGAGUUUCAGUUUUCGAAGGUAAAGGAAUUUGUGAAAAAUAAUAUAAAUGCAAUUUCUGCGACUAUUCAACAUGCAAUAAAAGUACGCCAGAAUUAUGUCAAACAUUACAGAACAACGUUUUUAGUGUUAUCCAAAGGACACAUUUGAGUUAAGAACUAGUUUGAUCAUUGAAAAAUAAAAACUGCAAUACUUGCAUGUGUAUAACUACGUUACAAGUAAUUCGAUAUAUUAUUAUUAUUUACUUGUUUUAGUUAAAUCAGAUUUAUUAUUUAUUAUAUUUUAUUUUUACUAUCUAAUUUUAAUUAUUUAUUGUUUAAUUAUGUAUUUCUGUUGCUUGUUUAUAAUUGUACAUCAUUUUAAAUCUGUUGCUGUUAUUUUUGAAUUCUAUUAUCUUAGUAUAUACUUAUUAUGUAUCAUGCAAUCAUAACAAUGGUAAAUCGUUAAAUCAUAUUAAAUAUGUAAGACAUUUUCGCGCUUGUAAUAAAUUUUAUAAUACCAUCUA